GCAUCAUGCGUUUAUCACUUACAGACUUACUUAGAUUCUGCAGCAUCUUCAACUGAACCAAACCGAACCAAACCAAAAAAUUUAGGGUUUUACAGAAACCUUAAAAAUCAUGUCCAAUUCUCUCUCAGUCAAGCCCAACCUUGUUCUUUCUCCAUUUCCGAACCGGACGGAUACUCAGAAUCCUCUUUUUAAUCGAACUCACUUUGCCCACAAACCAUUCCUCCGUGGCUCACUUUCUGUUGCCAAAUUCGGGUUCAAACCCGACCCACAAAGUGCCGAGGGUGUAAUCAAGGAGCUCUUUGGACAAGCUGAAAACAUUCUCUUUACAAUAGCUGAUGCUGCCGUGUCUUCCUCCGACACAGUAACUACAACCAAACCGAACUCUGAUUGGCUUUCUGGUAUUACUAAUGUAAUGGAAACUGUUUUGAAGGUUUUAAAAGAUGGACUGUCUACUUUACAUGUGCCAUAUUCAUAUGGUUUUGCUAUUAUCCUUCUCACUGUUAUUGUUAAGGCCGCUACUUUUCCUUUGACUAAGAAACAGGUUGAAUCUGCGAUGGCUAUGCGAUCUUUAACACCCCAAAUAAAGGCUAUUCAGCAAAGAUAUGCCGGCGAUCAGGAGAGAAUUCAACUUGAAACCGCUCGAUUAUAUAAAUUAGCUGGCAUAAACCCUCUAGCAGGGUGUUUGCCUACACUUGCCACAAUACCAGUAUGGAUUGGCCUAUAUAGAGCUCUUUCAAAUGUGGCAGAUGAGGGACUCCUUACUGAAGGCUUCUUUUGGAUACCCUCUUUGGCUGGUCCUACCACAAUUGCCGCUCGACAAAGUGGAAGUGGCAUUUCUUGGCUUUUCCCUUUUCAAGAUGGUCAUCCACCCCUUGGAUGGCAUGAUACCUUCCCGUAUCUUGUCUUGCCUGUGUUAUUGGUUGUUUCACAGUAUAUUUCAGUGCAGAUCAUGCAGGCCUCACAGAAUAAUGAUCCAAAUGUGAAGACUUCUCAAGCACUGACAAACUUCCUCCCGUUAAUGAUUGGCUAUUUUUCUCUUUCAGUUCCUUCUGGUCUAAGUCUUUAUUGGUUUACAAAUAAUAUAUUGAGUACAGUCCAGCAAGUAUGGCUUCAGAAGUUUGGGGGAGCAAAAAAUCCAAUGAGAGAAUUCAGUGAUUCAAUUAAGGAAGAACUUGAGAUUCAGGAACCUGUCUCAAGAUUAAACUCCACAAAGGAGGAGGUCAGACAAAGAGAGAAGUUGACAGUGGAGGGAGUACGUCCUGGUGAAAGAUUUAAGCAAUUGAAAGAGCAAGAGGCAAGAAAAAGACGAGAAAGAGAAGAGAAGAGGAAAGCUGAAGAGGCGGCAGUUAAGGGAAACCAGUUAACAAACGAGGAACACAAAAAUGAAAGGAGUGGACUUGAGGAGGAAAGUGGAGGUGCUGCCAGCUUAGUUGAUAAAAAGAAUGGAAACCUGCUGUCUGUAACUGGUCAAGAUACCGCCAAUGUCAAACUUGUGAACGGUGACCAGUCUAGUCAAGAGUUGAAUAAAGAUGAGAGUACAAUCUCUGUAUUCAGAACAGAAGAUGGUGUGGUUUCUGCUAAGACUGAGGUUGAUGGGAGGGAGGAGCAACAAUCAUAUGAAAACUUUGAAAAGGAAGCUGUUGAAAUAUGCAAAAGUUCAGUGACAAACGAUAACAAACGUUCUGAAGAAGACACGCACCAAGAUGGGAGGGAGUGAGGAACCCAAGAGAAUCAUUGAUGAUUUAAAGUUACCAUGAAGUACAGGCCUAGUUGUUUGCAUGUUAAGUUGGAUAUGGAAAGCGACUUGAGGGAGGUUAUUAUUUAUUUCCAGCGGAAAGCUAUCCUGAAUAUUCCCACAUUGGAUUGGUGACAUCUCUCCAAAUUGAGUGUUACCAUGCAGAUGACUUGCGGCAUCAAUACAGUUCUGGAAGUCGCAUAUACGUAAAGCAAGAGUUGAGAUGUAAGAAUAGUUUUAAUUAAUGGCCUUUUGUUAUUCUAUGUAUAAGCUGAAAAAUCAAACGCAUCAUCUUUUUAUUUUUCAUAUGGUCCCCAUUUUGGAUAGAGCAUAAAGAAUAAUAAGGAAUCAAAGGUCCAACAGAUGCCAUGGGUUACAUUA